AUGGUUCUCGUCACCCGCUUCUGGCUACCUAAGCACCCCAAACACGAUGCGAGUCAAGAAGACAAACUCACCACAGACAAAAAGCCUGUACAGCAAACCCAAGUCACGCCAAUAUCGAUUUCUCUGAAGCGACUAUUUCUACCAAAGCAAGAUUCAGCAAAGGGUCCAUGGGUUCCAAAUAUCUCGGCCGUUGUCAAAGCUGCAGAUGAGGGUCUGAUUUCUUCCGCACUAUUCACAAGUCUCCAAGAAGAAGACGGACAAAUACCGCUCACCGCUCUAUACCAAGCAUUUGAAAAGGAGAUCCGCGCUCGUUAUCCCCUCGAAAGAUAUCCGUACGCUACAGAUGUAGCCAAAGGCCAUGCCCUGACGAGGAAGCCUUCCGGAGCCCUUGGCCGAUCUAAAUCGGUAUCGGGGACUUCACGGUCAGAGGCCAGCCUGAAAAUGCAGAGGAAAAGUAUGGACCUGUCCAUGACAGAACUGGGACGGGCUAGAAGUCUUGUUGUAAAGAAGUGGUCGUCGCCUCUGGUAUCGAUGCGUAACGGACUACCAAGUGAUGGAAGCCGUCAAACCGGGAAAAAGACAUGGGCCAAAGACGGACAGAAAGCAAAAGUUGAAAAAGGCCGGACAGUCAUAACCAUCACACCCGCCGAACUCACUGCCCUUGCCAUCAUGCUCGGGAGCGAACCGAAGCACAAUGUCGACAAGACAGUUUUGGUCUCAGAGACGGGCGCCUACAACAUCUCCAUAGUCCCCAUGAAAGCAGGCGGAUCAAAGUACCACAUCACCCUCCAGCAAACCAAGCGCAACAAAUGUCAAUGGCACGCCCAAGACUCUGGCGUCUCCCCACUCUUCGCAAAGCACCUCGCUGCCGGCUCCCUCCCUUUUACCCAAGACGCCCAAAACACCCACAGCAUCCUCAUCACGCCCUCAACCCUCGAAGCCAUCCAAGCAGGCUCCCCCCUCACCUCCCACGCCAACCCAACCCCAACAAAGCAAACCACCCUACUCUCCUCCCUCCCCUCCUCUCUGCCCCCAAAAUUCUACCUCCUCACCCCCUCAAACUCCCUCCAACCCCCCACCACGCUCCUCAACGCCAUUGCCGCCUUGCCCUUCUCCCGGGGUCUCGCCCCUCUCGCCUCAACCCCCCUUAUAAAAACAAUCUCCUUCAUCGCCACCGGCGGCAUCGCACCAGGCAAACUGCUCCCCCGCCUCGAAGCCCUCGUCGCCAAACUCCACCACCACUCCCCACACCUCUCCCUCUUCGGCGCCCUCUACGAGCAGCGAAACGCAAAAUCACUACACCGUGAGCGCGAGCGCCUGCGCCGCCUCGGCGUCGACCCCACGACUCCGGAUUCGCGGGCUGAUAAGGCGGCGAGGAUGUCGCGCUAUGUGGCGCUGCUGGAGCGCUUGAUGGCACUGGUGCCGGAUGCGAAGCCCAGUGAGGUGCUGAAGAAAGUUGAGGAAGGGGUCAGGAGUGAGAUUGCGGAUGCGUAUGCUAGGGCUACGGGUAGUAUGUCUAGGUCUGGCUCUACUACGUCUGCCUCUGCCACUGCUACUACGGCACCCGCUGCGCAGCCGGCUGCGCAGCUUGCGGUGCCAGCAGCCAAAUCUGAAAACCCGGACCGACGGCUACGGCGGCUGUCCAAUCGCUUGAGCUUCGUCUCGCGUGCUUCGACGGGGUCGAGUGCGAGUUUCGGGUCUGACGAUGGUGUUGGAGGGGAUCUGGGCAAGCAACUUGAGCGUGUGCUCAAGGCUGAGUUGCCGUUGGAUGUACGCACUGUGGCGUUUGUGGCGCGCAUGGUGAUUGUCGCAUGGACUUUGAGUGUGGAUAGUGUGGCUUUUGAAGCUGAAAACGGAGAGAGCGAAGAUGGGGAGUACAAGAUUCCUGAUUUCACUGGCUGGGAUAGGAUCACCAUGUCCACUGUGCUUAUAUCGGCCGUCCUCCAGCUGAUAAUCAUUUAG